UUCAUCAAAUCUUCUCUAUCUGAAAAAAAAAGUUGUUCCAUUAAUUUUAUCAUAUCAAUGGAGAGAAGUUCAAUUUUCCAACAACUUCGGCUUCCCCAAAAGCACCAGAGAUAUGUGACGGUGCUGAGCAUCGACGGCGGCGGUAUUAAAGGUAUCCUCCCCGCGGUUAUCCUCGAACGCCUUGAGUCGCAGCUGCAGGAAUUAGACGGCAAGGAAGCGAGAAUAGCAGACUACUUUGACGUGAUAGCCGGGACGAGCACGGGCGGCCUAGUCACAGCCAUGCUCACAGCCCCGGACGAAAACAACCGCCCGCUUUACGCUGCCAAAGACAUCAAGCCAUUCUACUUGGACAACUGCCCCAUGAUAUUUCCUCAGAAACAUUCAUUAUUUCCGUUUGUGAAGUUGCUGAAAUCGUUAAAGGGGCCGUUAUAUGACGGGAAGCACCUUCAUACGGUGUUGAGAGACGAGUUGAGAGACCGAAAGUUGAGCGAUGCGAUCACCAAUGUCAUUAUUCCGGCGUUCGACAUCAAGCUUCUGCAGCCGGUUAUCUUCUCCACAUAUGAGGCAAGAAAAUCGCCACUAGCAAAUGCAAAACUUUCAGACGUAUGCAUAAGCACAUCCGCAGCUCCUACAUUUCUCCCCGGCCACAAAUUCACCACCCGCGACGGCAAAGGCAACUCUAGGAAAUAUAAUCUCAUCGAUGGCGGCGUCGCUGCAAACAAUCCGGCUCUGAUAGCCAUAGCAGAAGUGACGAAGCAGAUGUUCGACAGCAACGAAGACUUCUUCCACACAAGGCCAGUCGACUAUCCUCGUCUUCUGACCAUAUCUCUAGGCACGGGAGCAGCGAGCAUAGACGACAAGAGAUACAGCGUGAAGAAGGCGAACAAAUGGGGCAUUCUGAAUUGGCUUUCAUACAAGGGCACCACGCCCAUGGUCGAGAUCUUCACCCAAGCAGGUGCUGAUAUGGUCGACUUUCACAUUUCUCAGAUUUUUCAAGCUCUUGGCUCUCAAGAUAACUAUCUCAGGAUCCAGAACGAUACCUUAAAUGGGGUUCAGAAUUCGGUGGAUGUUGCAACACACGAUAACUUAGGUGAACUUGUCACACUUGCUAAUGAAAUGCUGUCUAGACCGGUUUCAAGGGUCAAUUUGAGGUCCGGUCUAGCUGAACCGGUCCCGAAUGGUGGGACCAAUGAACAAGCUCUGAAAAGGUUUGCGAAUAUAUUGUCAAAUGAACGGAAGCUUCGGCUAUGGAGCAAUAAUGCUGAAAAGAAGAGAGAGGUCGAGACGAGGCAGCCGUUCCAAAAUCCAUUGAAUAGUUUGGUUGAUUUUGCACGAUCGGUGACGGAUGAGACCAAACAUGUACUAGCAAAGCAUGCUCAAAUUUUGAGACCAAGCUCCCAAUGUAGGAUCACUUCAAAUCAAAUCGAAAAGUUGAACGGAGAACUUAGCUCAGUGGGGAAGAAGCUGAUGAUGAAAUCAACAAUUCAUGAACCCACUCCUUUUUUCCCUUCUCAUCGCCAAGUCUUCUGCAGAAUAUCUAUGUCUUGAUAAUGAGAAUCUUGUGUGCUUGGUUAUUCUUUUAUUCUAAUGAUUUUGUA